AUGUCAGUGACAGUGAGCGAAGAGACCGUGGCAAAGGUGCAAGACUCUUGGGAGAUUGUUCUGCAAAUCCCUGAUUGCACCCAAGCAGUGGGAGAGUUGCUCUUUCGAAAUAUCUUCAAGCUUGCCCCAGGAGCCCACAAGAUGUUUCCAUUUGGCAAAGGGUACGAAAAAGUUGAAGACAAAAUGUUCAAGACAAGGAUGUUCAAGAGGCACGCCAAGAAUGUGGUUUCCAUGCUGGACAGUUCGGUUCAGUUCUUGGGGCCCGAUUUGGAAGAACUUGAGGAAACGUUGGUCAACCUGGGGGCACAGCAUGUUGGUUUCGGAAUCCUGCCAGAGCAUUAUCCCAUUGUGGGGCAAGCACUGCUCGAUACCCUGGCAGCAGCGCUAAGCGACGAAUUCACGGAGGAUUUGAAGGAGUCUUGGGCGGGAGUGUAUGGAUUCAUCACUACCAGCAUGCUCAAGGGAGCCAAUGAAUCACUCUUGCGCUUCAGCAUUCCUCUCUUUAAUCCUACUGGAAACAAAAAGGAAAUCACACUCGAUGAAUACGUGUCCAGCAUGCUACCAGGUCAAACCGCACUCUACUACAUCACCAUGACCAAUGAUGCCUUCAACUUUAAGAAACUCGAAAAGCUAAAGCAUGCUCAGGAGCUACAAAAGGCAGGAGUUGCCAUUCUAUACAUUGCCAAAAACAAACAAGAGCUCAUGGCCAACAAUCUACAAAAGUACCUUGGCCGAAAAAUGGUCGAUGUCGCCGGGAAUGACGUUGACACCAGCUUUCUCAAGGACAUUGACCACGACGAUCGACGACAGCGGUCUGUCACCAGUCUAUACAAGCGAGAGGGAUUGGCCCAAGAUGCGGCGGAAGACUUUUGCGAAUGGUUCCAGGCAACCUUGGGUUAUGACAAGGUCGAAGCCUGUACUCCCACUUGUGACUUUGCCUCACAACCCGCCCGUGUCAUUCACGACGAAGAGGAUCCCACUCAAGUCAAACGUCUCGAAACCAUGGAUUCCCUUCAACAGACCAAAAAGCACGUGGAAAUCAAUCCCCGACAUCCACUCAUUGUCGAAAUCAACAAGGCCCGCGAAAGUCACCCCGGUCUCGCACAAGUGCUGGCCGCACAGGUCUACGACAAUUGUCUCAUCAAUGCCGGUCUAUUGAAUGAUUUCCGCGUCAUGGUGACACGCAUCAACGAUCUCUCGUUGGCACUCUUGCAGGAAAAGAACAAGAGUGUCAUCACGACGCCCGUCUCGGCCCAGGCUGCUCCCCCCGUCGAUGACAGCAAGGGAUCCAUGAAUGGCAGUCGAAGGUCCUUCAAUGGCGGAAGUCGAAGGUCCUUGGAUGGCAGCCAGACACACCUCUUGCUUGACGCAGUCAAGCGAAGCCGAUCCAAGUCCACCGCCGACAAUACCGAAACGACCGCACUCAACUCGGAAGAAGACGAAAGCUCGGCGGAUGCCGCCGCCAAACCAAACAAGCCUGUGGGCGAUGACGACGACACAGACUAUGACGACUUGGGAAGCGACGACGACACCAUCUUUUCGGGCAAUGAAGACGGAAGUUCCAUCUAUUCCGGAGAGGAUAAUCUGAGCGAGUCAAAUGGAUCCAUGGGCUCGGUCGAGGCCGAUGAUGGUUGGGAAGAUUAA